AUGGAAAAUGGAACUUUCUCAUCUCAUUUGUACCUGUCUGUUUUUAAGGACUAUGGUUACCUGAACUAUGUUUUUUUUGUCUUAACGGUCACACUGUAUUUUGUAAUCAUACUUUUCAAUGUCAUUAUCAUUGCAGUUAUAAUCAGAAACAGAGCACUUCACCAGCCCAUGUACAUCCUUAUUUCCUGCCUAUCAAUCAAUUCCCUUUAUGGCUCUUUAGGAUUGUAUCCAAGGCUCCUCAUUGAUCUACUUUCUGUCUUUCACACAAUAACCCGUCCUGCAUGUUUCAUUCAAAUUUUUGUCAUUUACACGUACGGUGGAAAUGAAUUCACCAUUUUAACUGUAAUGGCCUAUGACAGGCACAUCGCAAUCAAUGAGCCCUUGAAAUACAGCAGUAAAAUGACUGUAAAAGCCACUGGUACACUGAUAGUGAUUGCCAUCAUAUACUCCUUUUUUUGUGUGGGUACACUUACUUUAAUGGGCAGUAGAUUACCACUGUGUGGCGAUGAAAUACCACGAGUGUACUGUGCAAACUGGGCUGUGGUCAAGCUGUCUUGCAUCGCCACAACGAUUAACAACAUUGCAGGUUUAUUAAUCAGCAUUACAAUAUCUUUUUUACCUUUGGGUUAUGUAUUAUAUACAUACAUCAGCAUUUUAGCUGUUUGUUAUAAAAGCUCCAAGGAAUUCAGGAAAAAAGCACUGCAAACUUGUCUCCCUCACAUAGUGACAUUUGUCAAUUACUCAAUAACUAUAUUUUGUGAGAUCAGCAUAAGUCGAUUUGAACUUAAGGAUGAACUGCAGAUUUUGACAAUCCUUUUAUCGUUAGAAUUUCUCAUCAUUCCCCCGGUUUUAAAUCCCCUCAUUUAUGCUCUUAACUUGCCAGACAUACGGAAGAGAAUUAUUCAUUUAUUUCAAAAGAGAUACGACGUCAACGACGUCUUCUGGGACAUGAUCUCCAAGUUUGUUUUUAUGUACCUUGAUCCAUGUCCUGGAGAACCGGUUAUUCGUCAAAGCCGAGAAGUCACCCCUGUCCUGACUAAGACCAACACAGAAAAGCAGUUCACCCUCGAAGAGGAUGCCUCCAACACCAGUGUUGGAGCGGUACUCUCACAAAGAUCCCUGCACAAUAAGGUCCAUCCCUGUGCCUUCUUCUCUCAUCAUCUCUCACCCACAGAGCGAAAUUACAGCAUUGGUGACUGUGAACUCCUGGGAAUGAAAUUGGCCUUUGAGGAAUGGCGCAAUCUGUUGGAAGGAGCUGCCAUUCCGUUCAUCGUUUCGACCGACCACCACAGCCUGGAAUACAGUUGGCCAAAAGACUGA